GAACUGUUCAGAAAUCUGAACACCAAUCAUUUGUUGAAAAGUUUAUUUUACAAACACAGAGUUUUGUUAUUAAAUAAAUGUGUUUUUAAUUUAUCUCUCAUGUUGUAGUUACUUGUACUGUAUCUGUAAUGCUAAUUGACGCAAUUCCAUCUAAAUAGAUUUCGCGUACGCAAAACUUUCGUCGCUGCAGUAUUUGUCGUUUCAACCUUUUCAUUUUUAUUAUAUAAUAAAAUGUUUUAAAAUAUUUUCACUGCUUGUAGUCAACAUCUUUGCUUUUUCUCAAGUUUUAAAUAGAUGAAAGCAUUCAAAGCGCUUAUUUGGUCAUACAAGCAUUCAAAGUACGAAAAAUCAACGAAAACAAGUAAAGCCAGUCAGUAUUUCAUCUGGACAUUAAUGGAAAAUAAUAUAUUUUCUUUCGUCUUUAUUGUGCAUAUUUGAAAGUAAUUACAACUUCAGAAAUGAAAUAAAUUCGACAAAUUAAAAAGUGAGAUUGAGGGAAUUACUUGAAAAACGAAAAAUAUUUGUCCGACAAAUUAAAGCAUUGACAGACUGCAGCGCUGAUUUGCGUAAGCUUGUGCUUUCGAUGCAUAUAAAUACGGGAAUAUUAAAGCACAAACAUUUCGUUUACUGCGCUGAAUUAACCAAAUUUGAGUUGGCAACUCUGCUCAAAAGUGGCAUAUUUUCCCUAUUGUGAAUGGUGAUUAUGACAAACUAACAAAUACAAAAUCAUAAACAAACUUUUUGAGGAAGCGUCAGAGCAACUGACAAAAAAUUCGCAGGAAUUUAAAAAAUGGAUCAAAUAAAUCGGAAAAGGAAAAACCGUGUUAGAUGGACAGUGGAUGCAGAGAAAUUGCUGCUAUUACACUGGGCAGAUAGUAUAGAAGAAUUACGAAGCGCGAAAAAAAAUUUGCAUAUCUUUGCGCGUUUGGAAAACGAAUUUUCAAAAAGGCAGAUGAACUACAGUGCAGCUGAAAUAAAGGAAAAAGUACAUAAUUUUACCAAUCGAUACAAAUUAGAAAAGAAUGUGGUGGGUAUGACUGGUGGUUCGCCUUCCUCUUGGAUUCACUACAAGGAGGUGGAAGAAAUACUGAGUGGUAAUAAGGCAGUAAAUUUUAAAGAACUCAUGCAAGAGAGUAUAGAUGUGGAACCAGAAGACAAUAUUGGUUGCGCUGCUAUCUACCCUUCGACGAGCAGCCAAUCUCAAUUCAUUUCAAGCGAUGAGCUUGCAGGACUUUCGACGACUCCGGAGUCUGCAAAAAGAAGGAAAUUAACCCAUGAGCGUUUAAUAGAAAAUUUGGAAAAAACUUCAGAUAUGUUUGAGAAAGAAAUGGAGUCCAUGAGAGGGGUGCAAGAAAGAAUGGUGGAACUAACCGAAAAAGCAGUUCUUUCGGAAGAGAAAAGGAAUGAUAUUUUAAAAGAAAUGAGUGAAAAUACGAAAAGUUUUUAUAAAGACCUUAUUAAUUUGUUAAAUAAAAAAUAAAAAUAAUUACAAAUGUAGAACAAACUUACAAAAUGA